AUGGCAAACCACCAUCCCUCGCCCACCAUGAUGCAGAUGCAGCAUCAGGCCCAAGUGGCCCCUCCCCAGAAUGUCCAGCCCGGCCAUUUUGCGCCGUCGCACCAGAUCAACGCCAUGAACGAGGCUGUCUGGCUGCAGAUUGGUAGCUUCUCAGAACUGCUGCGCGUCCCCGACGAGGCUAUGCAUGCCUAUGAACGCGCCCUGCAGGCCAACCCCAACUCGACCGCUGCCAUGAACGCCAUCGGCAUGCUCCUCAAGGGCCGCGAAGCUUUCGACAAGGCACUCGAAUUCUUCCGCGCCAUCGUUCAGCUGGAGCAGAACAAUGGCGAGGCCUGGGGAAACCUCGGUCAUUGCUAUCUCAUGACUGAAAACCUGCAAAAAGCAUACGAUGCGUAUCAGCAGGCGCUUGUCAACCUCCGGGACCCCAAGGACCCCAUGCUUUGGUACGGCAUCGGCAUUCUCUAUGACCGUUAUGGCAGUUACGACUAUGCCGAAGAGGCCUUCUCCCAAGUCAUGCAAAUCCAGCCUGAUUUCGAAAAGGCCAACGAGAUCUAUUUCCGCCUUGGAAUAAUAUACAAGCAGCAGUCAAAGUUCCAACAGAGUCUCGAGUGCUUCAAGUACAUCGUCAACUCUCCUCCUGGACCGUUGACCCAGGAGGACAUUUGGUUCCAGAUUGGCCAUGUGCACGAGCAGCAGAAGGAUUUUGAGAGCGCCAAGGCUGCUUAUCAGCGUGUGUUGGAUCAUUCACCCAACCACGCCAAGGUUCUGCAGCAGUUGGGCUGGCUGCACCACCAGCAGAGCAACGCGUACGAGACACAAGACAGGGCAAUCCAGUACCUGGAAAAGUCUGUCAGCGCCGACAAUUCCGACGCUCAAAGCUGGUACCUUCUCGGCCGCUGCUACAUGUCUCAGCAAAAGUAUCCCAAGGCGUAUGAGGCGUACCAGCAGGCUGUUUACAGGGACGGGAAGAACCCCACGUUCUGGUGCUCGAUUGGUGUGCUGUACUAUCAGAUCAACCAAUACCGCGAUGCUCUCGACGCCUACUCGCGCGCCAUUCGACUGAACCCGUACAUCUCGGAGGUGUGGUAUGACCUUGGUACACUGUACGAAUCGUGCAACAACCAGAUUGCCGACGCGCUUGAUGCCUAUCAACGCGCUGCUGAGCUCGACCCCGGCAACCCUCACAUCAAGGCACGGCUUCAGCUCCUCCGCUCCGGCGGAAGCAAUGGAGGCGCGCCUCCCGCUCCCCAGCCGGCCGACGUCCACCCGCACGCUUAUCAGGCUGCAGGUCCUACCGGCCCUGUUGGACCUCAGUGGGGAGGCUCUACCCAGCAGCCUCCGUCGUCGGGUCCCCCGCCUCCUCCCGCCGGCGCUGGCGAGAACUGGGCCAGGGGCUUGUCGAAUGUCAACCCGCCACCUCAGCCACCGAACCCCUACGACGGCCGGGAGCAGUUCCGUGGACCUCCCCCGCCCCCUCAGCGCCAGCCUAGCCCUCAGCAGGAACAACAAAUGCGACAGCAGCAGUAUCCUGAGGCCGGUCGUGGUGGCCCCGGCCCCGCACGUCGUGGCCCAUCGCCGGCACCUGCAGGUCACCAAUACUCGCAGGGCCCGCCGCCUCCUCCCCCGUCGCAGCAAGGGCCGCCUCCGCCGCCCGGUGGUGACCGCCGGGUUGUCAAUCCCCUAUGGAGUGGUGCUUCUCCAUCCCACGCCGCCAACGGAGCCAACCCUCCUCCCAACGGCAUGGCUCCCUUCCGGCCUAACAACAGCCCGCGCGCCGAUGGCCGUGGCGCUCAUGAGAACCGGAUGCCCUCUCCCAAAUCAGCGUAUCCGCAGCACCAACCUCCUCCACCAGCCUACCCUCACCACCCGGAGGCCCCGUCCCAGGCUGGCGCGGAAGGUGGGCCGGCCCCGACAGCCGGCCCCCCGGAGCCUUCCGCUCAGCGUCUGGAUGAUCGCCCGCCGUCCGUUGGCCCGAAGCGGAUGCGCGAGUGGGAGGAGGAGAGCGCGGCCAAGAAGCAGGCAAACGAAGAGAACCGUGCUCGCCUCGACGACAUGAGACAUCGACGGCCCUCGACUCCUCCUCGCGACGCCUACCGUCGUAACUCGUCUGAGUCCCGUCGCAUCGAGGAGCAGCGCCGAGCCGACGAGCCGAGGAAAGUGGAAGAGCGCCGGGCUGCUAGCGAUAGCUACCAUCCGUCAGAGGCCGCGCACCACCCUCAGCCAGUUGGCCCCAGCCAGCUGCCCCCCAUGCAGCAGCCCUCGGAGCCCAUGCAAGGUGUUUCACAAGAGAAGCCGUCCGCUGGGCCCGCCCCGAAGGAGGAGCGGCCCCCGGCUGAGCAGCCCGCUCCCGCCUCGGCAGCGCCUGCCCCAGCCGAACCCGAGAGAGCGGCGAGAAAGAUGGAUGUUGACGAGGACUACGACGACAGCGGAGAAGAUGACAAGAAGGCAGUGCUUACCAAUGGCUCCGCCCCGGCUCCUGGGUCGGCUGAUGGGAAGACGACGACGCCUACUAGCGCUGGUGUCAAUGGCUCCUCGGCCACGGCCACGAAGACCGAGUGA